AUGGCACAACAGCCUCUCGUAAAUCGUGUUGGUACACUUGUCAGGCACCCUCAAUUCAUUUGGUGGUGCGGCCAUUGUGUCGUAUUUUUUUGUUCUCUUUUUCAUUUAUACUACUGGAUCACUUUUCGCGCUGUUGAAGGAGCAAGUUAUUAUUACACAGCCUAUUUGGGUGCCAUGCUGAGUUAUGGAGUCGUAAUUUACAAAUCAUUUGGUACACCAGCACCAACCUGGGAAUACUUUCAAAAAAUUAAUAGAGAUGAAAAUGUAUUUUAUCUUGUGCUGGCAUGCGUAUGGUUUAUGAAUGCGUCAGUAUUCGUUACACUUUUACCCUAUGCCACUUUUUCAUUGUUUCAUUUGAUCACUUAUAUACGUGCAAAUAUCCUCCCAACAUUUUUCCCAUCGUCAGUUUCUGGCUCUUCUUCUUCACAACCAUCAGCUUCUCCUUAUGAACAAUACGCAGCAAAUCUUUCGAGAUUCAUUCAAAGUUGGGUGCACAAAAAUUACGACAAGGCAAUGAAGACUGUUAGUUUCGUUGAAGUUGUUGUGAUUACUAAUGUGCUAAUUUGGAAUGUUUUGACUUUUCAUCUAAGGUUUUUCACAUUAUUUGUGUAUUUCAUAUUUCUUCGCAUGCGAUAUCAUAUGAAUACAUACACACAGCAAGCAUUUUCGGAUGUAGCUCGAUUUUUGGAUGGGUUGCUGUUACCUUCAGCAAAUAACAAUGUUCAUCCUUACGUCACAAAUUUGUAUCGACAGGCCAAAUCUGCAGUUAUUUGGGCUGGCCGGUUUCAACCACAAUCUGGCCGUUUUAAUUCACAAGGUGCAAAUCCACAGUCCGUUCGUUUCCAGCCGCAUGCUGGAAGCGCGCACUGA